GAGAACUCCGAAGCAGAAAAUCACACGUUUUAGACACGAUUGUUGAUGACUUAGUACCACUGCGCCUUAAAUGUUGGUUAUUGUUAUCCAUACAGUGUGCAGCUGAGAAUUUUCCCAGUGAUUUGGUGUAGUGGUUGAAUUUUUCAUUCGGAUUGGACACGGAGAAGAUCACCGGUGGUGGCGAAUUAGCGCACGAAAUACAACAGCAGUCGCACGGUCACAUCCACAUGUUCACUGUGUGACGGCAGAGAGAGUUCAUAGAUUUGCACGCCGUUGAUCUUCCUUCUAGCUAGUGCGGACGCCGUGAAACGUGUGCGCAAUCAUCAGUCUUACUUUACAGCUCUCUCUCUGCCAAGGUACCUAGUUGUGAUUAGUUCCUCCAGCUGUAGACGAAGGCUCACCGGCAGCGUUGAUCAUCAGUAUUACUUGUGGAUUUUGUGCAGAAGGCUUGUCUAGUUAAAUUUGCAAUCAUGCUAUUUAUGUGUCACCAGAUGGCGAUGGAACACGAGUCCAAGCAGAAAGAACAUGCGGCCGCCAGCACAUCCACACCGCAAAUACCCACCAGCGAGCAUUCGAUGCGCGACGCCAACGUUCCAAUCAUCUGGGUCCUCGGUGGCCCCGGUUGUGGCAAGGGAACGCAGUGUGAAAAAAUCGUAGCCAAGUACAACUUCUCGCACUUCAGUACCGGUGAUCUGCUGCGUGAUGAGGUUGGCUCCGGUUCGGACAAGGGCAAGGAACUGCAGGAAAUGAUGAAGCAGGGCAUUCUGGUACCGAACGAGACCGUACUGAAGCUGCUGGAAGCCGCCAUGGCGAAGGCCUUGACCAGUACCGUCGGCUAUCUGAUCGAUGGAUAUCCUCGUGAACCAGCACAGGGUCCGGAAUUCGAGAAAUUCAUUGCACCAGUUGACAUCAUCUUGUACUUUGAAUGCUCAAAUGAAACUCUGGUUGCCAGAAUUAUGAAGCGUGCCGCGGAGUCGGCCACCAUCCGCGCUGACGACAACGAGGAAACGCUCAAGACUCGCAUUGCCACCUUCCGGGAAAACACGGAGAAAAUUUUGGUCCAGUACCCGACGCAGUUGAGAAGAAUCAACGCCGAACGUGCCCCGCUCGACAUCUUUGCCGAUGUGGAAAAGAGCAUUGACGAGCUGCUGUCCACCAAGGGCAAGAAGGCCUAAAGAGGAAUUGACUAAUCUGGAGAUGAAUUUUAACAUUACCCAUACACACAAAACACAGACACGGGUGCUGUUGCUGAACUGGUGCACACAAUUUUUCUUCGCAUGAAAUGCAUCGUUGUUGUUUUCAAUCAUAUUAGCUGUUUCGCCUAAAGCCGGUCAAUUCAAUUACGCUUAACGUAAAGCAACAAGUUUUUAAUGCAACAAGAACAAUGAAUUCAUACGAAAUCAAUGAAACUGAUAACAAUAAUACUUUUUAGCGUAGCUCAAAGCAAAAUUCAAACUCGUAGUAGGGUACUGUGGUAGUAGAUUACGUAUGUUUCUUAUCCAGGCUCUGUAGCUAGACCGAAUGAUAUUAAUCAUUGUCGGGGCUCAAUGAAAAUCGAUGAUUACCAAAGAUUUUUUUUUUACUGUUUAUUUUUAUUUCUAUGUCUAAGCUUGUUAAAUAAAUGAACUAUUCAAAACUGAAAAU